UUGCAUCUUCAAAUUUUCCACUGUGUACUUUUGUCUGGAGAAAACCUUGGACUAGAGAUAAGACCACUACCAAACCUGUAUUUCUAGCAGCUCCCACAUCCAGUCAGCCAGUCUGGGCUUGAGGCUGAACCAAGACCAUGAAGUGCCUGCUGCUUCUCGCCUUUAUUGGGGUGGCUGUUGCCUUCCCCGCCUUUGCUGAAGAUGAUGAUGACAAGAUUGUGGGAGGCUACACCUGUGCAGAACACUCUGUGCCCUAUCAGGUGUCUCUGAAUUCUGGAUAUCACUUCUGUGGAGGUUCCCUCAUCAGCAGCCAGUGGGUCCUGUCGGCUGCUCACUGCUACAAAUAUCGCAUCCAAGUGCAGCUGGGGAAACACAACUUGAAACUCAAUGAAUCCACUCAGCAGUUCAUCAACUCUGCUAAAGUCAUCCGCCACCCUGGCUUCAAUGCCCAAAAUGCAGAUAGUGACAUCAUGCUCAUCAAGCUGGCCACCCCAGCCCAGCUCAACAAAGCUGUCCAAACCGUUCCUCUGCCUACCAGCUGCGUGGCCACCGGCACCACCUGCCUGAUCUCCGGCUGGGGCAACAUUCUCAGCAAUGGCAUUGAGUACCCGGACGAAUUGCAGUGCCUGGACGCUCCGGUCCUCUCUGCCACCGAGUGCUCCGAUGCCUACCCCGGGCAAAUCUCUGGGAACAUGAUGUGUGUAGGAUUCCUGGAGGGAGGAAAAGACUCCUGCCAGGAAGAUUCCGGCGGUCCCGUGGUCUGCAAUGGAGAGAUCCAGGGCAUUGUUUCCUGGGGUAUUGGAUGUGCUGAGAAGGGCCAUCCCGGAGUUUACACCAAGGUUUGCAACUACAUCUCCUGGAUCCGAUCCACCAUGGCCUCCAACACCAUGAAGUGCCUGCUGCUUCUCGCCUUUAUUGGGGUGGCUGUUGCCUUCCCCACCUUUGCUGAAGAUGAUGAUGACAAGAUUGUGGGAGGCUACACCUGUGCAGAACACUCUGUGCCCUAUCAGGUGUCUCUGAAUACUAUUGGAUAUCACUUCUGUGGAGGUUCCCUCAUCAGCAGCCAGUGGGUCCUGUCGGCUGCUCACUGCUACAAAUCUCGCAUCCAAGUGCAGCUGGGGAAACACAACUUGAAACUCAAUGAAUCCACUCAGCAGUUCAUCAACUCUGCUAAAGUCAUCCUCCACCCUGGCUUCGACUACUACACUCUGGACAAUGACAUCAUGCUCAUCAAGCUGGCCACCCCAGCCCAGCUCAACAACGCUGUCCAAACAGUUCCUCUGCCUACCAGCUGCGUGGCCACCGGCACCACCUGCCUGAUUUCCGGCUGGGGCAACACUCUCAGUGAUGGCAUUCACGACCCGGACGAAUUGCAGUGCCUGGACGCUCCGGUCCUCUCUGCUGCCGAGUGCUCCGAUGCCUACCCCGGGCAAAUCACUGAGAACAUGAUGUGUGUAGGAUUCCUGGAGGGAGGAAAAGACUCCUGCCAGGGAGAUUCCGGCGGUCCCGUGGUCUGCAAUGGAGAGCUCCAGGGCAUUGUUUCCUGGGGUAUUGGAUGUGCUGAGAAGGGCUAUCCCGGAGUUUACACCAAGGUUUGCAACUACGUCUCCUGGAUCCAAUCCACCAUGGCCUCCAACUGA